CAGGGCAGCUUCCUCAUCCCCCCACGAUGGGCAAUGGGGGGGUCCCUGUCACCGAGGAUGUCCCCGUUCUAUUCAUCCCCCGGUGAUGUGCUCCUGCCCCCUGUGGCAUACUUGUCAGCCAGACAGCAUGGGGACCCCUGCGCCCCGAGGGACCCCGUACCGCUGCCUAGCGGCUUGGGGGGUCCCUGCCUUCCCUGAGCGGGGACGAGAGGUGCAGUUCUCACCUGUAGCCCCAGAGGAGAUCCAGAGGUGGCCCUGGAAGGGACCGGUCCCUCCCCGCGCUGGGCUAUGCCGGGACCCCCAGGCUGCAGGGGGGCUGUGCAGGUGGAUGCCCGGUGCGGCCGCCCUGCCUGAUCUCGGGCCCGUCUCCCUCUUGCCCGCAGCGGCCGCCAGCCCCACGUGUGCAGCCUCACGCCAGGCCGCCUGCGCUGCCGGCUGCAUCCCCGUUCCCUGGCUCUGCGAUGGCGAGCAGCAGUGUCCUGACGGCACGGACGAGCAGUGCGAUGUUGCCUGUGGUGGGGACCCCCAUGUCUGGCAGUGUGACGAUGGCCGGUGUGUUUCUAGCAGCUGGCGUUGCGAUGGUGCCGCUGACUGCCUGGAUGGCUCUGAUGAGCAGGACUGUGUGUGCGGGACAAAGAAGGUGCAGUGUCCUGGCACCCACCACUGUAUCCCGCACUGGGAGCUGUGCGAUCGGCACCAAGACUGUGAGGAUGGCUGGGACGAGGAGGGGUGUCCCCAGCAGCCCUGUCUGCCUGGGCAGUGGCAGUGCAGGAACAGGGUGUGCAUCAUGGCUGAGUGGAAGUGCAAUGGGAUUGAUGACUGUGGUGAUUCCUCGGAUGAAGAUGUCUGCGCCCCCUGUACACCUGGCAUGGUGCGGUGCGAUGAGGGCAAGUGUAUCCUGGAGUCCCUGAUGUGUGAUGACAAGGAUGACUGCCUGGAUGGCACUGAUGAGCCCAGCACAUGUGGUCGGAGCUGCUUUGUACGCAACGGGGGCUGUGCAGAGACGUGUGCCGACACACACUGGGGAGUGCAGUGCUCCUGCGGGGCUGGCUGGGUGCUGCAGGCAGAUGGGCAAAGCUGUGCUGAUGUGGACGAGUGCUCCCUGGAGUACAGCCCCUGCAGCCAGCUGUGCAGCAACACCCCGGGCACUUUCAGCUGCGGCUGUCUCCAGGGCUACACCCUGCGGCAUGGCACUGCCUGCGAAGUGGCAGACAAUGCAACACAGAUCCUCGUGGCCGUGGGGCAGGACCUGGCCCUUCUGGAUGUACGGACCCAAGCCUACCGGCCCCUGCUCUCCACUGAGACCGAACCCCGUGCCCUGGUGUAUGACCUGCUCCGAGAAACCUACUACUGGCUGACAGAGGACGGAGAGCUCCGUGUUCACCACCCAGGGAAAGGCACAAAGCCUCUCUAUGCAGAUGCCAGAGAGGUGAACAGCAUUUCCGUGGACUGGUUCACAGGGCAGCUGUACUGGGCAAGCAGCCAUCCUCCAGCCAUCUGUGCUGGGCUGGGCGAUGGCCGGGGUUAUGUGACAGUGCUGGGGAAGGACAUUGCACCAGAGCAGCUGACAGUACAUCCAGCUGCAAGGUCCCUGUACUGGGUCAACCGUGGACAGAGGGGCCGGGCAGUCAUUGCUGCAGCCGGCAUGGAUGGCUCAAACCGGCGGGAGCUCACAGUUGUGUCCAUGGAGGAGCCUGUGGGGCUGAGCCUGGACCAUGUGGCUGGCAGGCUGUACUGGAUCAGCGAGUACAAGGAGUCCAUCGAGACGCUGCGGGUGGAUGGCAGCGGGCGCCACUCCUUCCACGCUGUUUUGCGGAGCCAUACGGAGCCUCUGGGCCUGGCCGUGUUUGAGAGCCGGUUCUUCUGGACCGAUGGCACAGAGCUGGUGUCAGCAACCUGGGCCUCUCCCCAGGAGCACGCAGUGCUGCUCCGUGCCUCUAUCUCGGCUUUCACUGUGCUGCACGCACUGCAGCAGCCUCCCCGGGACACUGCUGCAUGUGCUCCGGGCCUGUGCAGUCACCUUUGCCUUCUGUCCCCUGUGCACCCUCGGGGCUACAAAUGUGCGUGUCCAGAGGGCCUCUUCCUCCUGCCCUCGGGGAAGUGUGCAGAGCUGUCCAUUGUGUAUGCAUCAGGAAAGGCCAUCUCCCUGGUGCAUGUAGGCCCUGGAGCACACACCAAGCAGGUGCAGGAGUGGCAGGAGCCUUUCCAUCUGCAAGAUGUGGACUGGCAGAGGUCAGUACUCUAUGGGACAGAUGACCGUGGGACUCUGCUGCGUGUUGUGGGCCACCCUGGCAGGAGAGAGGCCAUUGUGACUGGGCUGCCAGUGUGCUCUGCCCGUGUGGACAUCCGCUCGGGGGACCUGUACUGGCUCGCAUGUAACCGGAGGGACAUCGGGAUGAUCCAGACAUCUGACAUGUCCCCGCGCAUCCUGCACCGGGCUCACAGCAGCAUCCAACACCUCUUCUUGGACUGGCGGCGUGGUGCUCUCUACUGGCUGGCUCGCGGGCAGCCCCUGCAGCAGCUGAGCCUGGCGGGGGGUGCUCCAUGGGAUGCCUGGAAUGAGACGUGGCCUGGAGACCUGCCUGCAGCCAUGGAUAGCAGAGCCUUCAGUGUGCUCUGGAGCUCAGCCCUGGGCCUGCGGGCGCUGAGUCUGACCAAGCGGCAAGCAGUCACCCUGGCACCCAGCUGGCCCCAUGGCCUCAUGGCCGCCUUUGAGCCAUACCUGGUGUCGGCAAAUGGGACAGCUCUGCUGCUGUGGGACCGGAGGACACUGGCCCUCGUGCUGUCCAUGCCGGCAGCAGGUGUGCAGGGAGCGGUGGCCUUCGUGGGCUCAGAGCUGCAGGCUGUGCCACCAAGCAAAGGGACUGCCGUGCCACUCCCUCCACCUGUGACAACCACUAUGAGGACAACCACAAGCACCACUGCUACUGCUACCACCUCCACAACACCACCGCCAAGCCAGACCACCACGGCACUCACCACUACUCCUGCACCAACCAGCAAAGCUACCACAUCACAAACCACCAGACAGUCCACAUCAAAGAAGACCACCCCAGCACCAACCACUGCCCGGACCACACCAACCAAGCCUACCACUGUGCAGGCAGCCAGCACCAGCACCACAGCCACUCGGUCUUUUACAACUAAGAUCAGUUCCCCACAGCCAACCACUACCACCCCACACUCAAGCAGUUCUGCACGGGUAGUGACACCUACCCCAUCCCUCCGGUCCAGCCCGGCACACCCCUUGACCUCAGUUCUCCAUCUGUCCUGUUCUCGCACGCAUGUGCUCUGCCGUGAUGGCACUGGGUGCGUGGCCCAGGAGUACCUGUGUGAUGGGGAGAAGGACUGUGCAGACGGCUCUGAUGAGGAUGGGUGCGCCCAGCUCUGCAACACCCCAGGGGCCUUCCACUGUGCAAGAGGAGCUGUGUGCGUCAGGGCGGGAGAGCGCUGCGAUGGGGUGCCACAGUGCCCCGAUGGCUCAGAUGAGACAGGCUGCUGGACCCCCACGCAGGAGUGUGCCCUGCGCUGCGAUGCUGCCACCCGCUGCAUCCCCAAGAGCUGGCUCUGUGAUGGCCAUGCCGACUGCCUGGACCACACUGAUGAGCAGGGCUGUGUGCUGAAGGAGUGUGGUCUGACUGAGUUUGCCUGUCGGAGUGGGCAGUGUGUGGCCCUGGCCCUGCACUGUGAUGGUGACCACGACUGCCAGGAUGGCUCAGAUGAGGAGGGCUGUGCUGUGCCCCGGCCGCUGCUCUGCCGUGAGGGUGAGGUGACCUGUUCCCACAGCGGGGAGUGUGUGCCGGAGGCCUGGCGCUGUGAUGGUGAUGCUGACUGCAGGGAUGGCUCAGAUGAGCAGGGCUGUCCUUGGGAGGAAGGGCUGUGUGGGGACCGGCAGUGGGGCUGCUCCCGUGGCCUUGAGUGCAUCCCUGAUGUCUGGCGCUGUGAUGGAGAGACUGACUGCACAGAUAGCAGUAAUGAGGCUGGCUGCCAGCCUGCUCCCUGCCAGAGUCACGAGUACCCCUGCGGGCUGGGGUCCUGCCUGAAUGCAUCCCUGGUGUGCAACGGCCGGCAGGACUGCGCGGAUGGCUCAGAUGAGGGGGGGAACUGCUCUGUGCCCUGCCAGCGGUCCUGCGCUCAUCUUUGCUACCCCUCGCCCCAGGGCCCUCGGUGCUGGUGUGGCCCAGGCUAUCGGCUUGCUGAGGAUGGUCUGUCCUGCAUGGACAUAGAUGAGUGCACGGAGUGGGGCAAGGGAGCCUGCAGCCAGACAUGCCUCAAUGCCCCAGGGUCCUACAGCUGUGGCUGUCUCCCUGGCUACCUGCUGGAGCCCGAUGGCCAUGUCUGCAAACUCACUGGACCAGAGCCCAAGCUGCUGGUGGCUGUGCAGUCUGAGGUGUUGUCCUAUGGCCUGCGGAGUGGGCAUGAGGAGGUGGUGCUGGCCACUGACAAGGAUCGUGUUGUCUUCUCACUUGACUAUGACUUGGUGGAGAGGAAAGUCUUCUGGAUGGACCUGGCCACAGAGAGCAUCCACUGGCAGGAUCUCAACUCGGGAAAGAGAGGCACACUGGUGAAAGGUGUGAGAUCAGACUGUAUAGCAGUGGACUGGCUUGGGAGAAACCUGUACUGGACAGAUGGGGCAGCAGGGCAGGUGCUCGCCACUCGCUUGGGGGCUGCCUGGCGCGGGAUACCAGAGUACACUGUGGUGAUGGAUGGAGACCUGGACCAGCCCCACUCUCUGGUGCUCCAGCCUCUGGCAGGGCUGAUGUACUGGUCAGAGGUGGGGAGCCAUGCACGGCUGAUGGAGGCCAGUAUGGAUGGGAGUCGGCGGCACGUGCUGCUGGCCCAGGGACUGGGCUGGCCCACAGCACUGGCCCUUGACCUCCCCACCCAGAGGAUCUUCUGGCUGGAUGAGAAGCUGGGCAGUGUUGGUUCUGCACAUCUGGACGGCAGCAGUGUGAAGGUUCUGAAGCUGCGCUGGGUCCGGAGCCCCUUUGCAGCAGCUGUGUGCGAGGGGCAGCUCUACUGGUCGGAGAGGAAGACAUGGUCCGUGCAGCAGGUGGACAAGGCCAGUGGCAAGAACAGGACCGUGCUGCUCAAACGGCAGGGGCAGCCCCACGGCCUCCAGGUGAUGCAUCCGGCCCUGCGCCCCACAGCCCCCAACCCGUGUGAGACGCGUGGCUGCUCCCACCUGUGCCUGCUGAGCGCCAGGCACACUGGGCAGUGCCGCUGCCCUGCCAGGCUGAUGCUGGCCGCCAACGAGACCACCUGCCUGCCCGUCCGCGAUUCAGCCUUUGCCCUCCUGGUGUCACCGGCAGCUGUGGCACAGGUCUACCUGAAGGACCUGCCUGCAACAGCUGGAUCCCAAGGGCUUCCCCCACACCGGGCCUUGCCCUUGGCCAAGGUGAGCCGCCUGACAGCCGUUGACUAUGCAGUGAAAGACAAGAGUUUGUACUUUGCAGAGGUGGGAAGCAAUUCCAUUGGACUGCUGCGCCUGAAGGACUGGGGGCGGCUGUCCUGGAAGAAGGCAGUAGCUGUGGAGGGCACGGUGACAUCCCUGGCCUUGGACUGGCUGAGUGGGAACCUUUACUGGAUUGGGGGGCAGCCGCCCAGCAUCCACGUGGCAGCUCCCAGGGGGCGGUGGGCCCUGGCACUACUCAGCGAGGGGCUGCAGGGUGCUGCCUGGCUGGCACUGUGCCCUCGUGCUUCCACCAUGUGCUUUGUCACAGCAGCUGGCAGCCACAGGCAUGGUGCCGUGGUGGAGUGUGCGGCCAUGGACGGCACUGGCCGCAGAGCAGUCUGGAGGAGAGCCCGGGCUCCCACUGGCCUUGCCUUUGGGGGUGCUGGCUCCAGGCUGUACUGGGCAGACCAUGAGAGAGGUACUAUCAGCAGUGUUGAGCUGGAUGGAUCCCGCUUCCGGGUGGUGCGGGAAGGGCUGCAUGGUCUUUCACUCUUUGCCAUAGGAGAAGGCUUUCUGCUCUGGAGCACGACCUCUACCAAUGGCUCCAGCAAGAUCUGGCACAGCCGGCUGGAGCAGGCUGACAACUGGUGGUUCCCGAUGGAGCAGGAGUUGGUAGCCAUGAGGAUUUACAGCCAGUUCUCACAGGAAGGCACCAAUGGCUGUGCAAGGAGCAAUGGGGGCUGUGCCCAGCUCUGCCUGCCCAACCCUGCCGGGCGGCAGUGCCGCUGCUCUGCCGGAUACCACCUGGUGCAUGGGGCAGCGUGUGCGCUGGCACCACCUUGCCCGGCCUCACUCCAGGCCUGCCCCGACCUCCAGAGCUGCAUUUCCAGAGAGCAGGUCUGUGACGGGCGCUCCGACUGUGCCGACGGUUCCGAUGAGUCUGACUGCGCCUCAGUGAAGGUGGGGAUGCAGGUGCCUGCAGUGGCACCAUCAGGAAUGUCCCACAUAGAGGAACAGAAACCAGUCUCAUCCAUAGCUGCACCCCAGCCUCAGCAGCCCAGCCCCAGCCUGUCGGCAGCUGCUGGCCCCCAGGAGCAUGGAGAGCCCUUCGUGGUACCCCCCAGCACAGAGGAGGUGCUGGGGGCUGUGCCCUGCAGCAGCGAGACAUGCAACCUGCGCGGGGACUGCGCCAUCGAGGCUGGCCGAGUGACAUGCCACUGUGCCCUGGGCUACCGUGGCGACUACUGCGAGGAGGCCGAGGUGCAGCCCCUCGCAGGACCCAUUGUCCUGGGGGUGGCUGUGCUCCUGCUGCUCGCUGCUGCUGCUGUGGGGGCCCUGGCCUACAUGAGGAGGCGGGACAGGCGGAGGAGGACCUCAAGCACUGCUUCAACUCGGGUGCUGACCUUGUACCACCGUGAAAGUGAUCCUGAGGAAGAGGAUGAGGAGGAGGAGGAAGAGCUUCCCCCCAAGAGUGAUACAUUUGUGAAUGAAGCUUAUGAAGGGAAAGAAGAGCUGCCAGCCCUGCUGAGGAAAGGACCAUCUCACAUCAACACCGUAUUCUCAUAAAGGAACAAUGUGCAGCA